UAGUUGGAUUUCAAAACAAGAGCCUUUUUUUUUCUUCAUCGAUAAGUUGAGUCAGAUUGUUAUGUAAAGAAAUUUUAUUCUUUUCUAUUUGACGGUUGUAUUCACUUUUUCACUUUGAAGUGCAUGUUGUUCUUUUCCAUUGUAUUCCACAUUGCAUUUGCAUGUUUAUUAAAUGUCACGGAUCAAAAUACAUGUCCGUAUUUGACAUUUAUACUUUUCUUGGCAGCAUGCAUCUUCUAAUGUUGUGCGAUCUUCUGAAAUCCAGAGUUCAAUGCUCUGAUUUCCUAGAAAAGUUAGAAUGUGCUCAGGUGCCAGUUCCUGAAAACAUUUCAGAAGAAGGUAGUUCUUGGGACAUGGUCAAUGAAAAUGAUCUUUGGGAAGAUAAAGAUAUUGAUUUGGAUCGAGAAGAUUAUGUUCUUGGUAGGCAGGAGGAUAUAGUAGAAGGCUUUGCAUGUUUUAUGGCUGCAUAUUUGUUGUCCUUUAAACAUACCAAGGAUUUGACCCCCAAUCAACUUCAGGAAGCACUGAGCAAGGCCUUCUCCGUUAAGAAGAAAAAAGAAAAGAUUCGAAAAGCGUGGGACGGAAGCAAAGUCGUUUAUAAUGUGGCAUCAUGGGGAGCUACUGCAAUUGGGAUAUACCAAAACCCUCUACUUCUAAGAGCUGCCUCCAAAGCCUUCUGGGUUUCUUGUAAUGCCAUAUCAAAUCUUCUCUGAUUUCCUUCCACUACUUGGAGAACAGAGCUCGGUGUUUAGCAGGUCGUGUAACAUGAAUAUUGUUCUUAAAUA